AUGGUGUUAAGUUUCCUCCUAAAGCGAAUUCUACCACAUGAUAAGUUCCACACAUUGAGUGGGUCCUUGAUUAGCUGCAUCAUGGGUGACAUGGGAGACCCGCAGCAUGGCAGGAGCCAGCCCAGAGAGCAUUUGAAGUCCGAAGGCGUGGCGCUAGAGGAAUCCCUUGGCCAAUCUUACGAACACCGCGCAACGUGGCUUGAGCUGAAAUUGACCCGCGACGCAUCCUUCAUAUUCCUGCCCAGGGGUUCGGUUGCAGAAGACGGAGACAUCAUUGUGGCUGCUGAGUUUACGUGUGUCAGCAGUGUGUUGAAUCGGAAUAGGGUCGGUCUCGGGAGUUCCAAUUCAGGGUUCCAACGCACAGCGAGAUUCAACCUAACAAGGUUUAAGGAAUACUCUCGCAAGGUAGAGAGUACCCUGGAGGUGUCAACGGAACCGCACGGACCACUAGAAGCAUUGGGGCUGAAAAUGUUUAAAUGGGAAAGCAAGCCCGACCUCAAGACCUCGCAUUCUUCGUCUGACAUCGGUGAGCUGGAUUGGCUCGCGCCGCGCUGUUGGGGUCACUUCGUGGUGGUCAGAUUUUUAAUGAGAGUCAAAGGUGGGAGUGGCGUUGCUCAAGGUUGGCAGGUAGCUGCCGAGACCAUUUGCCAUGAGGAUACAUCGGUGGGUGUAUCGGCCUGGGAGAUGGCCCGUCAUCACUUCUAUCAGGAUCGCUUCAAUUGCACUUCCGCCAUUAGCUUCGCAGAUCCCUUUGCGUAUAAGCCACUCAGGUCGAUCACGUCAGGAAAUUUUCUCGCAACCAACGAUGAAGCACCUGAAAGGUAUCCGUAA